GAAUGAAAUAAACAUGGAGUCUUCUGAACUGGAAUAUAUUUCAUGGGUCACAGAUAAAAGUAAAAAGAAGAUGGAACAAAAUGAGAGAACAGGAGUAUAACGCCUGUCGAACUUUCCAUUUUUGUCAUAUAUAUAAACUUGCAAUAUAAUACAACUGAUGAUUUAUAGUAAUACUUCAUCUAUAUCCCUGGAAGGAGAAGUCAGUUACCAUGCAACUUGCUCAAUAGGAACUUUUAUUGUAAUAACUUUUAACAUAUUUUAACCUUAACUGGACACCUUUUUUUUUUUUGUUUAAAGUCUGAGAGUUGAAAACUUUGUAUAGCUGUAUUUUAACUGAGUGACUGGUCCUGAUACAUGGCUGACAGCUGCUCAUGGAAAAUGGACUUAAAUCCAUGAAUGGUUACUGUUGCACAGAGUUGAAUGGGAUGCCAUGACUUCAAAGCAAUUCUCUUAGGACCUUCUUCUUUGCCUUGCACGCAUCAUAUCCUUAAAUAUUUAAGCAUAAAUAUUGCAAUUAUAAAGUCUAAAAAACAAUGGCAUGGGUGAAAUUUUUAAGAAAACCUGGGGGUAACCUUGCAAAAGCUUAUCAACCUGGAAGUAUACUGUCCCUGGCCCCUACAAAAGGCUUAUUAAACGAACCGGGACAAAACAGCUGCUUUCUUAAUAGUGCUGUUCAGGUAUUAUGGCAACUUGACAUAUUUCGACGAAGUUUAAGAGGUUUAACUGGACAUGUGUGUCAGGGAGAUGCGUGCAUAUUUUGUGCUUUAAAGGCAAUAUUUUCACAAUUUCAACACAGUCGAGAAAAAGCGCUCCCAUCGGAUAAUAUGAGACACGCCCUGGCAGAAAGUUUUAAGGAUGAACAGCGUUUCCAGCUUGGAUUCAUGGAUGAUGCAGCAGAAUGCUUUGAAAAUAUCCUUGAGAGGAUUCACUUUCACCUAGUGCCAAACAGUGAAACAGAUAUGUGCACUUCAAAAUCCUGUAUUUCUCAUCAGAAGUUUGCUAUGACACUGUAUGAACAGUGCGUAUGUCGCAGUUGUGGAGCAUCAUCAGACCCGUUGCCUUUUACGGAAUUUGUGCGUUAUAUUUCUACCACAGCCCUGUGUAAUGAAGUAGAAAGAAUGAUGGAGAGGCAUGAACGUCUCAAGCCGGAAAUGUUUGCAGAAUUGCUGCAGGCAGCAAAUACUACUGAUGACUACAGAAAGUGUCCUAGUAACUGUGGUCAAAAAAUCAAAAUUCGUCGUGUUCUUAUGAAUUGUCCCGAGAUUGUCACAAUCGGUUUAGUCUGGGAUUCAGAACACUCUGACCUGACAGAAGAGGUUAUGCGGAAUCUGGCAACACAACUUCAUCUUCCUGGGCUGUUUUAUAGGGUUACAGAUGAAAAUGCCAAAAACAGUGAACUUUUUCUUGUGGGAAUGAUUUGCUACACAAGCCGACAUUACUGUGCCUUUGCCUUUCAUACCAAGAGUUGCAAAUGGGUACUGUUUGAUGACGCUAAUGUAAAAGAGAUCGGAACAAAAUGGAAAGAUGUGGUCUCCAGGUGCAUUCGAUGUCACUUUCAGCCAUUGUUGCUAUUUUAUGCUAACCCAGAUGGCACAGCUGUAUCUCCAGAAGAUGCUCCAAAGCAGAUUAUUCACUGGUCUCAAUGCAAAGCAGCGGGAGGAAAUGGGGAAGACUUGGGAUUUGAAAAGCAUUCUGCUCCUAAAUCAGACCUCAUGAAAGAGGAUGGAAUUGGAGACCCCAUUAGUCAAAGAAGUAAUAAAAAACUUCAGCCAGAUAAUUCAGCAUUCAGUAGAAGCCAUAUUCAAGCUAGUGGUGGUAGAGGUCCAGCUAAGUUAGGUUACAGCGAUCAAAAGGACAGGCUAAAGGACAUAUCCAGAGAGUGUGCUCAGAAAGUGGCUGAUAUGAAAAACUUCUCAUCUUUACGAAAAGAUGCAGACAGAGGACCAAGAAAAGAGUCUGGGAGACAAAGAGAUUUGAUUGGGGAAGACCGUUCCAAUGUUAAGUUGGGGUCUCCUCCAGUUGGAAAUGGACUUAGACACUGUGCUGAUCAGCGCAUAUACAGCAGCCAGGGAAGAGGCCCCUAUAAGCAUGACAAUGCACCUCACCAAGCAAAGCUUUCUGUACAGGUGCUUGGAUCAAAUAAAACAGAAGCUUUUCCUGCGGGGGAGAAACCAAUGAUCAGGACCCGCACUGAUGGCGUCACUGGCUACGAUACAGACACCAGUCAAGGCUCUAGGGACAGAGGAAGUAUCACCAGCAGCAGAAGCAGAAGUAAAGGUUGGAAACCUAUGCGAGAGACGCUAAACGUAGACAGCAUUUUCAGCGAGACUGAGAAAAAGCAGCAUAGCCCAAAGCACAAGGCAAAUCCGAACAGUAAAUCUAAGCAUGAAAAGGAGCGAAGCUUUAACCAUUGGCCAAAAGAGAACCAAAUCCAGAAAGGUUUAAUGACUAUAUACGAAGAUGAAACAAAACAGGAUACAGGAAGUCGAAGUUCACUGGAUUCGGAGGGAAAAGGGAAUGCUGAAAAAAGCAAAGGAUUUACAGAGAGAAAAAUGCAUGGUGAUAACUGGCAAAUUCAGAGGACGGAAUCUGGAUAUGAAAGCAGUGAUCACAUCAGCAACGGAUCUGCAAAUCCGGACUCGCCUGUUAUUGAAGGAAUCAAUCCAGCAGAUGUCAAGAAUGUUAAAGAAAGUGCUUCCUGCAGGAAGGAAUUGGCAGGGUGUUUGUCAGCUCCCUAUCUGGAUUGCGAACAGAACUUGUCAACCAAAAAAGCUGACAAUGUGUUACAUUCAGUAUCCCAGCAGAACAGAAACUUUUAUGACUUGAGGAAAGACCAGAUCAAUUCAGAAGUUAACUACAGACCUCAUGUUAACUUCCCAACAGAAUUACAUUUGCAGGUGCCCAGUCCUCCAGUAAAGAGAGCUGAAAUGCCUGAGACCAAUAGGAAACUUCUCCCAUCAUCAGCUCUACAGCCAGUUCUGAAAGACAUUGUUAAGUCAGAAAGUAGGAACAAGGCAAACGAACAGAAUUCUUCAGAGUGGCUUAAUCCAGACAAGUUUGAGAAGAUGAAUGUGUCAGUAUAUUGUGCUGAUGGCAUAUCCCACCCCUAUACAGAAAAUGUCUCUGGAAGGAAGCUGAUCAACAAUGACUCUCACUCCUCUUCCCAGCCGCAGUCUCAUCACACAAGAACGUUUGGUCCCAAGGUGGGGUUGUUGCCUUGCGUGCCACAGAACCUGUCGGAAAGGCCCAUGGUGCUUCCCCCUCCUGGUGAGCAUGCCGGGCACCCACUCCGAAGGACGGAUGCUCUUUGGGUGCCUGAAGCAGUGUACCAGAAUCUUCCUCCCCCUUUACCACCGAAGAAAUAUGCUCUGAAUACUUUGCCAGGAUCAGAAAAUAACUCGGCAGCUGAUGUAAAAUCAACAGAAGUGUUGCAAAAUACUCCGUUAAGGCAAACAGGUACACCUUUAAAAUCUGCAUCAGAAGCAAGCGUAUUUACAAAUGAACAAAGGCUUAAAGAGCCGUUUCAAGGGAAUGAACUGUUUGUUCAUAAACCGGAUUCUCCACCUCGCUUAUCAGCUAAUGACUCUUGGACUGUGUCUGAAAACUUUUUAAAGAAAGGAUCUCGUCAUACGGGACCAAGUGCUGGCUAUGUGGAUGGAAAUGAUAGUGUAUCCCUAACAACUUACUUCUCAGUAGAUAGUUGUAUGACUGACACAUACAGGAUGAAGUAUCAUCAGAGACCCAAGCUGUACUUUACAGAUAGUGGAAGCUUCCACAAAGAAAAGCAUCCUCCAUCAGCUGGAGUAGAACUGAGUGCUACAUACCAUGCUGCUCUUGAGCCCAGGCAUCCCGCAUCUGAGCAGAGGUACGAGGCAAAUGUAGAAGGCAUACACUGCAGCAGAUAGAUUCUUAAAAAAGAGAUCUGGAUCUGACUUUUGCCUUUCAUGUGGUCUGUAAAUGGGCACAAACCUUGAAUCUGUGUGUGUGUGUGAUAACUAGGUACCCAGCUGACUGUACUUCGCUUAGGAGUUAUGACUGGUUAAAUGAAUAUACAAAUAGAGGUGAACAGAGGAGUAGAGGUGCUAAACUUCUGGUUCUUUGAUUUGUUACUCUAGUUGCCUUAAUGCUUACCUCUGUUACUCAGCUUGUCUUCUACAGUUUAUAUUUAAAAUGGUCCCUCUGGGUCUAUGCAUCUUACAGCAGUGGGGUCGACUAGAUGUUAACUAAUUUUGUACAAAGAUUUAAUUAGUUGCAGUUUAAAAAGUGUUCCUUCAGACUGGUCACUACAUCCUUAGACUAACAAAAGGGAUAAACAUAUUACCAUAUAUAAUGCGGUAAGUGUAGUUAUAAUAAAGCAGUGUAUUUGUCCUUAUAGAUAGCAGGAGGUGGCAUGUUUUUUUUUCAACCGACUUUUCUGAGAGUCUGUACUUUCACAAACCUUCAAGUGUCUUUAAUAGAAAUUCUCUGGGUAAACUUGUAACUUUUUAUUUGAAAAGCCUUAAUAAUAAUAAUACUUAAAAAAUGGUUCUGGUUUGCAAGUGUUAAAUAAGAUUUUCAAAGGGAAUUCAAGUAAAAAGCAGUAAUAGACUAUCCUAUUAAUAUACCUGCUCUAUGUUAGUGUACAUUUUUAAACACAUUUAUCAGAUUUGUUCACUCUAUAAGCUAUAUACUUUAACUUAUUAAAAUUAAAUUUAACCACAUAAGCUACAAACCGAUAUAGCAGAAUAGGAUGCUAAUUUUGAAGUACAGAGUUAUCAUGCAACUAUGAAAGAUUAAUUUUGUAAGGUUUUAGAUAUAUUUACUACUUAUGUUCAGUCCUGACUUAUCCUACAAUUGCAUGCAAAGUCAAUGCUGCUAUUUAUUGAACUUCCUAUCUUUUUUCAGCUUGAUAUUUUGAGAAUGUUUAAAGGGGAUCAGACAUCUGAUUUUACUAACAACGUUUUUUCCUAUUUGGAGCAGUCCUACACAUGGAUACGUUCUGUAUUAGCAGAUCAGGCUGACUGAACCUGCAGCCGUUCAGACUGCGGUAGCCGAGGGGGCGUGAAAAGAAGAGGUUCCUCUC